UUAAACUGGCAAAAUCCGAUAUUGAAAUUUGACUUGGUGGUAUUCCCAUUUUCCUGAAAGAUAUGUAAAAAGCCUGUAAUACAUGUGAAAAGCUUGAAGGUAUUCAACAAGUGUACAAUGUCACUUUUUUGUGGACGGCGACUUGUGUUGCAAGCCAUUAUUUCUCCACUCUUAAGGCAUAGAUUCAAUCCUAUUACGCUUUGUGCAGAUCAUCCAUCGCCAAGAAAUUAUUUACAAUAUUUUUCGAGGUUGAUUCUGCAACGCAGCUGUCACAGUGAAACACAACUAGAAGAAUCUAAAAGGAAAUGGACUACUGAGUUUGUAGAUAGUGCUUUGGAGAAAAUCCGAUCAGAAGACAAAACAUUUUAUUCAGUAUCGUUGAAGGAAGUUAUGAAAAAACUCCAAUGUCUGUCAAGUGCUAACAUUUCAGCAGAUCAAAUAGCAAAUCUCAUGAAAGAAUCUCCGCAUUUCCUGAAAGGCAAAAACAUGGAACCCAUUCUCAAGGUUUUGCAAGAUCAGGGCUUCGAAGGUUCAGGCAUUUAUGAAAUACUUCUGUCUUUUGGCAGGAUCACUGAUGAAGAUCCAACAGAACUGUCCGCUUUGUUGGUGUUUUUGAGAUCAAUUUACAGAACUGAUCGUAAAUUCACGAGAGUCGUCACAACACAUCCAGAAGUAUUAUCACUGAUACCAGCCAAAAUUAAUGCACGGGUCAACACACUACAAGACCUUUUCAAGUCAGAUGAUGUGUUGGAACUGACCAUAAUGUCCCCACACAUUAUUUUUGAAGACAUGGAAACAAUACAAGAGAAGUUUGAUUAUGUGUUUCACACCAUGGGUAUAUCACAGAGACAAAUGAUGUAUUCCAACAUGUUCAAUUAUUCGCUACUACAUAUUCAAACAAGACAUGUUUUCUUGGAGAGAGCUGGGUUUUAUAAGAAAAUCAAGAAAGAAAAGGGGGAAAUUAACAGCAAUCCUCUUCUGCAAGACAUUUUAGGACUCAGUGAUAAAGUCUUUGCAAAGAAAUUUGGGAAAAUGACUGAACAAGAUUAUAAAACAUUUGCCAAGUACUUUGCUCAAGAGGUAGAAACGUACAUGGAAUAAAUUUUUGCUGUAGUGG